UUGGUUUUGUUUUGUUUUGUUUUUUGUGUUUUUUUGUCCUGGCCUCAUUUGAGACGUGGAAUAAUUUCUUUCCUGCCAAUUGUAAAUUUCCAUGACUUAAAUGCAAAUGAGCUUACUAAAGGCAACUCUUUGGUUAUAAUCCUUCUCUCAUUCCUCCAUAAACUUACCAAUCGUUGUAGCGAUUCGUGUCUACUUUGGUAGUUAUGGUCAUCUUCUGUUACACUGAUGUUUCACCUGGCAUAGCAAAUGGCAACAUUUUUUUUAAAGGAUUUUUUCAUCCUACCUGUGGGUCCUGUUUAAAGUAGUAUAUGCACACAUACGUCUACUGAAUAAAUCACAGGUAUCCUGCAUUAUUUUAGGGGAUACUAUCAAAAAUUUGAAAACUGCUAAAUAUUUACCAGUUAUGCUUAUGAAUACAUGAAAUUGUUUUGAGAAAGAAGCAAUUCUAUUACGUACGAUGCGAAUUUUGUGAAAAUGAAUUUCUUUAAAUCAUAUCCAAACUUUAGUUCUCUGUGAAAAUGCCUUGACAUAUAUAAAAGCAGUGUAAUCGUAGAAUAAUCAAUUAAAUGAAGCUUAGAAACCCCUUAUGCUAUUUUUAUAAGCAUGUAAAGCCCCCCAACAGGCUAUUUUCUCCUGAACAGAAUUAACAAAACUCCAAAUGAAAUACAGUUGCUUCCUUCCAUGUGUAGCCCCAGAAUAUUUGCAUAAGAGCCAAAUCACUCAGCCUUUUCAGGUUUAUCAAGAAUGCGUACACAUUAAGAUAUUGAGUCCUAGGAGCAAAAUGGAACUCAAAUACAUAAAAGUUUCAGGUAUCAAUCUGAGACUAUAUCAUAACUACUCUUCACGAACAUGGAAAUUGAGCAGUUGGAACAAGGCCGAUACAUGGCCAAAAAAAAAAAAAAAAAAAAAGUUUGGCAAUGGAUGAAUUACUUAGCAUUUCUUUUUGUGAAGAAUAAAAGCUUUCUGGCUUCCAACAAAGAGUUUGUGAGCUGUAUGGCAGUAUUUUGAACAAGGAGAUCAUUUAUAAAUGCAGUCUUUAUAUUUAGGAAAUGAUUACGGGAUGCAGCUGCCGUUUUUAAUGACUUUUAAUAAAGCACGUUAUAAAGUGAAUUAGCAAUAAAUGUUUAACAGAUGAUAGUGAAUCAAGACAUUAUAGAACAUCGUUAGAUCUGUGUAUUCGGUUGUUCAAGCUAUAUGCCAGUUCCUGGAAUACUGGUGGGUUUGUAAUUUUCUGGGAUGUUUUGAAGGGAAGUUCAAGGCAGAUUAAAGUUUAAUGAAUGGGUUUACUAUAUCAACUAGCUCUGCUAAAACAGUAAAAACUUUAGUUAUGUAAGUGAUUAAGUGAACGGUCUUCAAUUUUCUUAAAUUUCUACAAUAUAUGGAAGUGUAAAAUGAGAUAACGAGAUUCAUACGUUAGUACAUGAAGAUACGAUAUUUCAACCACGUUAAAUUCUUGAGUCUUUGAUAAAGAAGGGUGAAUGUACUUUGUAGAAAACAAAAUAGUUAGAAAAAAAUCUGUGUUCCACACUUGUUUUGUUGGCGUUGCCAAAAUUCUAAAUUUCACCGUGAAGUGGUCAGAAUACUGAUGAGUAGAGGAGGGCACAGCUCCUAAUUUAGUGGUUUCUGUUCGUACAAGUAUUCGUAGGCCACCUCGGCAUGCAGAGUAAUACAGCAGAGUUUCCCUUUUAAAGACUAAGCUCAGUCUCGGACCUCAAGAAGGUUAGAGUGUAAUGAGGCCAAGGAGGGAUGUCCAGAACCACGGACUCAUUACAAGGUACAACCUGAAAUGUAGUCACUGGCAGAUUGUCAGGUUAGGAAACGGACCCUCAGAAAAUUGUUGAGGUUGGUUGGCAGACUCAGAUGAGUGCAUGGCUGAGUUGAAAUGGGACCAGACAUUAUGGCGUCAUUAGUGGUGGCACUCUGAGAAUGGGGAAAGAACAUGAAAUCAUGUUUCAUGAGGAUCUCUCUAUGGAACCAUCGUGCAGGGUAAAUGAGCAACAUGGGGUAAGAAGCUAGAGAACACACAAGUGACUGCUCUCCAGAAUGUUGAGAUUGCCAGAGAAGUGACAUCUGAAAAGGGAAAAUAAUUGCUCUACCUAAAUUCAGACGACAUCCUUUGCGGUGCCGUGGCACAUGGAUUUCAGGACUGCCUGUGAAGAGACAAAGACAGGGAUUUGUUUGCUGCAGGAUGGUAAUCAGGAGCCUUUCAAAGUCCGGCUGCACCUAGCUAAGGAUAUUUUGAUGAUCCAGGAGCAAGAUGUGAUAUGUGUGUCUGGUGAACCUUUCUAUUCUGGUGAAAGAACGGUGACCAUUAGAAGACAAACUGUAGGAGGCUUUGGAUUAAGCAUCAAGGGGGGAGCAGAACAUAAUAUUCCAGUUGUCAUUUCAAAAAUCUCCAAGGAGCAAAGAGCGGAACUUUCAGGUCUGCUCUUUAUUGGGGAUGCGAUUCUGCAGAUAAAUGGAAUUAAUGUGAGAAAAUGCAGACAUGAAGAAGUGGUUCAGGUUCUUCGGAACGCUGGAGAAGAAGUGAACCUGACAGUGUCAUUUUUAAAAAGAGCACCCGCUUUCCUCAAACUCCCACUGAACGAAGACUGCGCAUGUGCUCCAAGUGACCAGAGCAGUGGUACCUCCUCUCCUCUUUGUGACAGUGGGUUGCAUCUCAACUAUCAUCCCAACAAUACAGACACGUUGUCAUGUUCGUCCUGGCCAACAUCUCCAGGCUUGAGAUGGGAAAAACGAUGGUGUGACCUUAGGCUGAUCCCACUGCUUCAUUCACGUUUCUCUCAGUAUGUGCCUGGGACAGACUUGAGUCGGCAAAAUGCUUUUCAAGUCAUUGCUGUGGACGGGGUCUGCAGUGGGAUUAUUCAGUGCCUCUCUGCGGAAGACUGUAUUGACUGGCUACAAGCAAUAGCAACCAAUAUUUCAAACCUCACAAAGCACAAUAUUAAAAAAAUCAACAGAAACUUUCCCGUAAACCAGCAGAUAGUCUACAUGGGCUGGUGUGAAGCACGGGAGCAGGAUCCUCUACAAGAUCGAGCAUACUCGCCAACAUUUCUAGCCCUGAGGGGAUCCUGUCUUUACAAGUUUCUGGCACCUCCGGUGACAACGUGGGACUGGACCCGAGCAGAGAAAACAUUCUCCGUGUAUGAGAUUAUGUGCAAGAUUCUCAAGGACAGUGACCUGCUGGACCAGCGGAAACACUGCUUCACUGUGCAGUCUGAGUCUGGAGAAGACCUCUACUUCUCCGUGGAGUUGGACUCUGACCUCGCCCAGUGGGAACGAGCCUUCCAAACAGCAACCUUUCUGGAAGUGGAACGGAUACAGUGCAAGACGUAUGCAUGUGUGCUAGAAAGUCAUCUAAUGGGACUCACGAUCGACUUUAGCACAGGAUUUAUCUGCUUUGAUGGUGCAACAAAGGCUGUACUUUGGAGGUAUAAGUUUUCUCAGCUUAAAGGUUCUUCAGAUGAUGGCAAGAGCAAAAUCAAAUUUUUGUUUCAGAAUCCAGAUACUAAGCAGAUUGAAGCAAAGGAGCUGGAAUUUUCAAAUCUGUUCGCUGUUCUCCACUGCAUCCAUUCGUUCUUUGCUGCCAAAGUAGCUUGUUUGGACCCUCUCUUUUUAGGCAAUCAGGCUGCAGCUUCCGCUGCUCCCAGCUCCGCUACAACAAGCAAAGCCAAGUACACAACCUGACACACGGGGCUUCCUUUUGCCAUGUACCAUGACUGUACAAACCGAAUAAACAUCCUCAUCAUUUUAGACGCUGGAGAAACAAUGGUGUCACCAGGUCGACAGUGAAUUCGAUUUGAAAUUUCAGCAGAAAACAAGAAGGUCCUGAGGGAUCUCAAAAGCAUUUCUGUUUUGGAAGGCAUUUGUGAGUAAUCUUAAAAGAACCUAACAGCUCGUUCUCACUCAGUUUGUUUGUACCAGUAUUUCAUCAAAAGUGAAGACAAAAAAAUGAAUGAUUCAAAGUAUGUACAUAAUAUAAAAAAAUUGUAAGCUACCUAUAAAUAAAAAUACCACUUAAAUGGUUAUUUCUGUAUUUUAGAUUAUUUUGUAUGACAGAUACCUGUCGGGCCAGAUCACGAACUAAUGCCCUAUCAUUGAAUUGCAAGUAAUAUAAAGGAGGCAGACCAUGUGGCAGCAAAGGAAAAAAAGCAUGCAAAAUUUCAUCAAGGAAGGAAGCACUUUAAUCUGCUGGUGUAGAGUUUUCUGUGUAUUCUCAUUCCGCAACACGACGCUGGCACUCCAAUUUUGUUUAUCUUGUUGUCAGAUAUUCUUAAGAAUUUCAAAAGAAUAAAUUCAUUGAUUCCAUGAGAGUCACAAUGUAAAAUGUAUUAUUUUUCCUUAAAUCACUGAAACCAACGUGUUAUCACUGCUAGUGUCAACCAACUAUGCCAAAAGAUGUUCAUUUAAUGACGAAUGAAGAAAACAUUCGUGAACCUCUUGGUCUUUCCUUCGUUUAAGGAGAUUUUCACUUACAUAAUGGGAUUUGGUAUCGCAUUAAAGUUUCAUAAAUUUUCAGUGACCCCAAAAACUUUUGUAGAGAAAGCCAUAGCGACACAUGUGGCACGUGAAACAAUUCUUUGUAAUCCUAAUUCUAGUUAUUUACGGACUAAAAUGAUCAUAGGGUAUGGUCUCCAAGUUUUACUUAUGUUAGGGAGAUGACAUUUUCCCAUUUUAGUAAUAUUUUAUGAGAAAAUAAGGUGAGAUAUGAAAAUAAAAUGUUAAAUUUCUAACUUACCAUGUCAUAAAAAUGAUUAUAUAAGGCCAAACUAAGUGGGUUAUUUUAGGUAUCUUGUGUUAGUAAAUGUAAAGGGGAUGGAAAUCUGAAAACAUCAGAGGUAUGUGCACAUGACAGAUCCCAGGCGUUACAUGACCAUUUGUUUAAUGCCGAGAACCUUCUCCUUUACUACAGCUGUACUGAGAUCUGCUUUUAAACAACCGUCUAUUAAAAAAAGAAAGAUUACUUGUAUGUUAACAUGCAUGUCCCCAACUAAAUCAAACACUGGAUAUUUCCUUGUGAAGAUGAUGAAAUACCCAAUAAGUUGGUUUGAUUGUCUUUUUUUUUUCUUUUUCAAUAUUUUUUUUAAUGUUUAUUUUUGAGAGGCACAGAGAGACAGAGCAUGGGUGGGGGGAGGGCAGAGGGAGAGGAAGACACAGAAUCCGAAGCAGGCUCCAGGCUCUGAGCUGUCAGCCCGGAGCCCGACGCCGGGCUUGAACCUGUGAACCACAAGAUCGUGACCUAAGCCGAAGUCGGUUGCCCAACUGACGGAGCCACCCAGGCACCUCUGAUUUUCUUUUCCUAAAUAGGACAAAAAAUUUACGAAAGAAAGGAUCAAAAUUGUUUGCAAAAAGGACACAUGAUCGUUAUACUGACAAAUUUAUCAAACUAUUUCCAUAAUCAUCCUAAAUUAUUAAUUCACUUUGUGUCUGGUUAAUUCUUAAGCACAUUGAGAUUGAAAAGAAAAAAGCCAGGGCUCAUAAUUGUAACUGGCAAGAGUUAAGUUGCAUCUAGGACGCCUUAUUGAAAGAACUGUGGCAAAUAGGACACCACGUGGUUUUUACAUGGUUUCUUUUGACCAUGAAAUGAAUAUAUACUCAAAAUGGGGAGAACACUGUGAAAUUACUGCUCACUAUCUAUUGACCGAACGGGACAGUCAUUCUAAAGCCAGGAGCCCGCCAAAAGCAGGCUUCAGGAAGGCCCCGGAGCCUGGGGAGGAAGAGCAGAGAGACGCCUGCCCCUUAGGGUGGGUAGCAGUACCAGCCGGUUCCUUGCAGAAUCUCUGCUGUGAGUUAGACGCGUAUCUCAGAGCGCCCCACAUUGGGGCAGCAUGGAUGUGUCCACAGGGAGAUCAUCCGGUCUGUGGGGAGUAGGAAGUGGGCUCAGCCACCAGGAAAAAAAAAAAAAAAGGAAGUCGAUUUAAACCCUUACAUAAGUGCAAUGUAAUCAUUUUUAAAAGCAAUGUCAGGUUUAUAAAAGCUCCGUUUUGAAUAUAGAAAAGACAAUUGAAUGAAAUAUCCUUUUUGUUGUAUAAUAAAAAAUCUUCUAGCCUGUGCUUAGGUGUAUGAAGGAAACGGUGCACAAUGAGAUAUGUAUGGGUAUAUAUCUCCUUGUACAACACACACACACACACACACGCACACAUAUGUGUAUAUGUAUAUAAUAAAAUGCUACCCACAAAUUAUAUUAGAUGAAUAUAUUUCAAAUAUAUAUAUUUAAUACACUUUAAAUUUACACUGUAAAUUGUAGCUUGAAUUAAAAUUUAUGAUAAUACGAUAUUGUGUUUAUUUUUGAUACCACUGAUUAAAAAAGAAAAAAACAAACCUAACAGGCCUAAAUUGCUGCGUAACAUUAGUGGAGCACCUACUACUAGAAAAAUAUUACUCUGAUGUUCAUCAGUUACCAAAUAGUAUUUAACACUUUCCUUUACAGUGGAAUGAUUAGCCACUGUGGUUUGUUAUAACUGGAACUAUUUGAAUGAGAAAGAUUAAAAAAUGAACAAAAUACUCAGAUAAAUCUCUAUUUCUCAUGUAAUGUAGGUUUAGGUGUAUGAGAUUUACUCAUCAAAUCCUCGUUUGUACUAGAGCACAUUUUAAUAGCAGAAUGCUUCAUUAUGUGUUAACCCCUCCAGUGCCUUGGGAUAUGUGUGUGUGUGUGUGCGUGUGUGUGCAUGUAUACACAUUAUACAUGUAUGUGUACAUAUGUAUGUGCAUGUAUGUAUGUAUAUAUGUAUACAUACAUAUAUAUACACAUUAAAGGAUUCAUUAUACUGUACAUAGUGCAAGCUCAAAGAGAAUAUUAUAUUAUAGGUACUUAGGCCAGAGAAGGGAGUUCAGAUAUCAUUUGAAAUAUUUGCUAACUACUAUAAUAAUGUAUUUUGCCUGAUAAAGAAUAACAAUUCAUUUAAUUAAGCUGAAGUAUAUUAAAGCAGGGGCAUUUUAAUUUGUUACACCGCAGCAAAUAUUUAUUUCAAAUAUACUUUAAGAUAGAAUGUGUAACGUGUACCCCAACAUUUACCAUCUAACACUAUUUUAAAGGGAGAAUAAGCAGCUAAUCAUUCUUGCCCAUUUUUCAGGCAGGUACCAGCUUAGAGUCUUAAAGUCUGUGCUCACAAAACUGUCAUUAGGCAAGAAGAAAAGUAAUUACUUGAAAAUAAAUGUCAAGUUCAUAUGAACCAUAAAAGCAGAGAAAUUUUCCUUUGGGUGCAUUGGUUUAUAGAUCGACGUUUCCCUCAUUUACAAUGACAAAGCUUAUUCAUAAACUUUGUUUACAUGGAAUGCUGGGUUUGAGAGAGCUUGAUUUAUUAUUGUGGAAAAGUAAUAAUCCUAACAAUGAUUUAGAAUUACUGCUAGAAAUCAGCAGGUGGAGAAGCUUUAAAAGCACAAGGACGAUCUUGUGCUUAAUUUUUAAGGUAAGUGUACACGUUCUGAUAUUAAUAACAAACAUUUUGCUACUCUUAAUAGUGCUGUACUCAUGAGCUCUUAAGGAAUUGCUUUAUUCAUACCUCUAAAACUCUUGUUUAUGAUUUAUUCUUAUUCCUUAAUACUUCAAAGUCAUAAUUCACUUAUUUGCACAUUUGAAGUUGCUUUUGAAGAUAAAUAAAAUGUUAUAAAUGUUAUAUAUUUUAUACAUAUCAAAAAUGCAAUGACAAUACCAGAAAUAUGAAAUGUAAAUAUAUUUAUUUCAUUUUUAAUUGUUUCAGUGGAUGUUUGUAAAAUGUAAAUUAAUAUCUGUGACAAAUGACUUGUCACUUCGUUCUUUAAGUUCAUUAAUGUACUACUAACAAAACUGUACCUUUUCUAAUGAAGCAUACUGGAAAAUAAAAACAAAUA